UUAUAAACCCUCCUCUGCCUCUUCCGCCUCCACACCCCAUCCAACCUUAUCACUCUAUCACGUACUUCUCCUUCCUCAUCAACUCACCACCACACAUUAUGUUUCAUUAACUGUCGCCCAACUUCAUCUCUUUCGUCUCUUUCCUCAUAUUUUCCCAGAUUUUCCCUUCCUCUUUUCUUCUGGGUUGCUUUUGUAGUUUCGUUUCUCUUGAACCCAUAACCCAAAUUCUCAAUUUUGUGUCUUGAUUUGAUCCAUUCUGGGAUUUUUUCACCUGAUAUCUUACUGGGUUUCUAUCCUUUUUCCUUUGAUUUUGCUUCUUCCCUGUUAAAGUUUCUGUCUUGAUUUCAUUCCUACCCUAGAUUAACUGGCUCAUUAGUGUUUUUAAGGUUCAAAAAAUGGCAGCCAUUGAGACAGGUCCUCUGGUUCCUUCUUCUCCUUCCUCAUCUCCAUCUCCGUCUUCGUCUGUGAUUCUAACCCAAGACGAGCUCAAGAAAAUCGCCGCCUACAAGGCCGUGGAGUAUGUCGAGUCCGGCAUGGUCCUGGGCCUCGGAACCGGGUCAACGGCCAAGCACGCGGUGGCCCGAAUCGGCGAGCUCUUAAAACAGGGCAAGCUCAAGAACAUCGUAGGAAUACCCACAUCGAAGAUGACCCACGAACAGGCCUUGUCUGUGGGAAUCCCACUAUCAGAUCUCGACGCUCACCCCGUCAUCGACCUCGCCAUCGACGGCGCCGACGAAGUCGACCCGUACUUGAAUUUGGUUAAAGGCCGGGGCGGGUCGCUCCUGAGAGAGAAAAUGAUAGAAGGCGCUUGUAAGAAAUUCGUCGUCAUCGUCGACGAGUCAAAACUGGUCAAGUAUUUGGGAGGCAGUGGAUUGGCCAUGCCAGUUGAAAUUGUACCAUUUUGCUGGAAAUUCACAGCUUCAAGGCUUCAAAAACUGUUCGAAGAUUCAGGUUGUGUGGCAAAGUUGAGAACUUUCGGGGAAAACGAUGAACCCUUCGUCACCGAUAAUGGGAAUUACAUUGUGGAUUUGUAUUUCGAGAGUAGUAUUGGUGAUCUGGAGGCUGCCAAUGACGCAAUUCUGCGACUUCCUGGAGUUGCAGAACAUGGAAUGUUCCUGGACAUGGCAACAACUGUUAUCGUAGCAGGUGAACUUGGUGUAACAGUGAAAAAUAAGUAGGUUGAAUCAGAUUAUCAGACCAUAAUAAAACCUUGAAAUUCUCAAUAACUUCAGAUUUUGUAGUGUUCUGAUGUUUCUGUAGUAAUUGUACUGUGUUGAGAGCGCGAAGCUGGAGAAAGUUAAACAUCUGACGCAAUAUUUAAUCAGGAAGAGUUUAUUAUCUGAUCUCCUUGGAGGAAAUGUCCAUAUUCUCCCACAAGUUUUGCUAUUUGACCCCAGUCUAAGCAUUCAAGUUGGAAAAGAAAAGAAAUGAGAAUUCAGAAGAUUUUUCAGA